UCACUUAUGGGUCGGAAGCGUUGCGUGGGGGAGACUGUUCCAAGAUGGCGGCGGGUUGCUGCGGGGUGAAGAAGCAGAAACUGUCCAGUUCGCCCCCCUCUGGCUCGGGUGGCGGUGGUGGCGCCUCCUCCUCCCACUGCAUCGGAGAGAGCCAGUGUCGAGCUGGGGAGCUGGGACUAGGAGGCGCCGGUACGCGGCUCAACGGGCUGGGAGGUCUCACUGGGGGAGGUAGCGGCAGCGGCUGUACCCUCUCUCCCCCCCAGGGCUGCGGAGGCGGCGGCGGGGGGAUUUCCCUGUCGCCACCUCCGAGCUGCGGAGUGGGGACCCUACUUUCCACCCCGGCUGCCGCCACCUCUUCCUCGCCCUCCUCGUCGUCCGCCGCCUCGUCCUCAUCGCCCAGCUCCCGGAAGAUGGUGGUGUCAGCGGAGAUGUGCUGCUUUUGCUUCGAUGUACUCUACUGUCACCUGUACGGAUACCAGCAGCCCCGGACUCCCCGGUUCACCAACGAGCCCUACCCACUGUUUGUAACAUGGAAGAUUGGUCGAGACAAAAGGUUGCGUGGAUGCAUAGGUACUUUUUCUGCCAUGAAUUUGCAUUCAGGACUCAGGGAGUACACACUUACCAGUGCCCUUAAAGAUAGCCGUUUUCCCCCAAUGACAAGGGAUGAACUGCCACGGCUCUUCUGCUCAGUGUCUCUGCUCACUAACUUUGAAGAUGUUUGUGACUAUUUGGACUGGGAGGUGGGUGUACAUGGCAUUAGAAUAGAAUUCAUCAAUGAAAAAGGAUCAAAACGCACCGCCACCUACCUACCGGAGGUUGCAAAGGAGCAAGGAUGGGACCAUAUUCAGACCAUAGACUCCUUACUGAGGAAAGGAGGGUACAAAGCUCCGAUUACUAAUGAAUUCAGGAAAACCAUAAAACUUACCAGGUACCGUAGUGAAAAGAUGACCCUGAGCUAUGCUGAAUACCUUGCUCAUCGCCAGCAUCAUCAUUUCCAAAAUGGCAUUGGGCAUCCCCUUCCACCAUACAACCAUUAUUCCUGACACUGAGCCGCACAACCAGUCACUGGGCCUC